AUGGCAGCAGUCGCCAACCUCACACCUACAGCUGGCGACCAGCGUGCAGAAGGCGAUGUGCAGAUGGCCGAUGCCCCGACCGUCACCCAUCCCCCAAGGUUCAAGGCGUCCGAGCUGCCCCUCACGUCGGCGACCCGGACAGCCAUCGAUGGACUUGCCCACGCCUUUAAGAAGAAGGGAGGCUACGAUGCAACGCGCAAACAGGUCUGGGAUACAUUUGAGGCUAGUGAUCAGCGGGAGCAAAUAACAAAAGCAAUGCUUGAAGUCGCCGAGGAGGAAAUCGAACGAAACCCAACCCAACUGCUGACACUCGACCGCGGCAAAGCUGUCGCCCUGAUAGACGGAGCGCUGGAUAGGACGGGCGUGUACAGAAAGGCUGAAGCACUCCUCGAAAGCCUCAUCGACGUCGGCGCAAUCGAGCAACAAAUCCGCGAACUUCGGAAGGCUGAGAUUGGCGAAGAUGCGGCGGAAGAAGAACGCGUCCAUGGCGCAAAGACAGACGAGGAGUACGCCGCCGAGAUUGGUGCGAGACGGGCCGAGCGUGACAAGAAGUAUGCCGACCUGAAGGCCAUGGAAGAAGAAAUCGCCCGUCAGCGCAGAGAAAUCGCCGAGAGGGAAGAGCGCGCCGAGCAGAAGAAGAGGGAAGCCGAGAGAGCUGCGCGAGAGGCGAAGCGAAAAGAAGAGCGGGAAAAAGAACGAGAAAGGGAGAAGGAGCGCGAACGAGAGCGCGAGCGCGAGCAAGCCGGGAGAGGCUUCGGGACCACCGCGAUAGAGACAGAGACAGAAGUCGAGAUCGAGAUCGCCGUGACAGAGCUCGGUCAAGAGCCCGCUCACGAGAUCAUUCGCGCAACCGCUCAAGGGACCGACAUCGACGUCGCCGAAGCCCAAGAGAGGAAAGCCGUGGCCGCCAAGAAGGAGCCAAGAAGGAAUUAUCGAAGGAAGAGCUACAGCAAGCGAGUCUCGUCUAAGCAGCCUGAGCUGGAGAUCGACGAGGAAUUGAAACCACCACCUCGCAAAACUAAGCCGGCGUCCGCGAUCAACCCAAUACGAAAGACGACACAGAAGGUGGCGGAGACGAAAAAGGUCCCUGACAUGUUGCCGGCCAAGUUGAAGUCCGAAAAACUCGAGGUGGCGAAAGAUGCGAAACCUGUCAAGGAAAGCAAAUUGGCAGACGGCGACAAGGAGCCAAAGGACGCCAAGCCUAAGGAAGAGAAGAAGAGAGCACCCACGCCUCCGAGAAAACAUUCACCGCCUCGCCGCAAAUCGCGCUCCCCAGCCCCAACUGCGGCGUCUCGGGACACUCGUGGCAGGAGCCGUCAUCGGACACCAAGUCCCAAAGCGAGAGAACCGUCUCUCAAAGAAAACCCGCGAAAGGACUCUCACCGCGUCGCGACAGAUCUACCUCACGCGAUAGACGAAAUGCUGAGGAGACCAAGGCACCAAGAGAAGGGAGGGACUCCAGGCGUGACCGUAGUCGCAGCCGUGAUCGCCAUCCUCGGAGAUCGCGGAGCCGGUCAGUUCGAUCAGUCCGCAGACGCCGAUCAAGGAGUCGAUCUAUCAGGAGAGAUGACAGGAGGCGAACUCGAAGCCCGUCGCGUCCUCGCGGUGAUCACUACACAUCUUACAGGAGAUCGAGAUCACCGCGCAGGCGGAGUCCUUAUCGAGCAGAUCGACGUGACACGUCAAGACCUGUUAGACGGAGGCGGUCGCGAUCUGACUCCCGUGAGGUCCAAGAGUGCAGACAAGGCGAGAAAGCGAUCCAGAUCCAAAGAGAGCCGCCUAGACCGCCCCCCAGCGUAUCUUGACAAGGAGGAAAAAGAAGCCUGGAAGCAAGAUGAGGUCAAGAAGCGAGAGCGUGAGGCGAAGGCAUACCUAGCGGCCCAGAAGGAAGCACGCGAGAAGGGUAAGCCUGUGCCUGGCAUCGACUUCGAGGUCGAUGACGAACGUGGCGAGCGUUCCGAACGGUCUCCGGAUGUGAGACGACGUGCUCCGGAUGACAUCGAUCGCUAUGUGCCGCCAGCGCGGGUUGAUUCGCACAGGCCAGAUCGCGACAGGGACCGGGACAAGGACCGGGAUCGGGAUCGGGCAAAGGAUGAUAGGCGAGAUAGCCGCCGUGAUUCUGUUAUUCGUCGGGACUCCAUUAUCCGCCGCGAUCGCAGCGCUUCAACUACUCGUCGCCGCAGUCGAGAGCGUGAGCGCUCAAGAGACCGAGCAAAGGACAGGCGACGCAGUCGGUCCCCGCGCAGCAGGAGUCGACCUCGCCACCGAGUGAGGGAUGACUCCCGCGACCGCGACCGCGACCGAGACCGAGACAGAGAUCGUGAUAGGGACAGGGACCGGGAGCGCGACAGAGAUCGCGACAGGGACCGCGACAGAGGCAGGGACCGCGGCCGAGACCGUGAAAGGGCCAGAGAUCGCUCACCACGCCGGGACCGUCGAGACCGCAGCUCGAGUCGGCGCCGUUAG